UUUUUAGCUCAGUUGGCACUGGCAAGGUACAGAGGAGAACAGCCCAGGCCUGAUAAUAAGCAUAUAAAAGGGAUCUGUGAACCACCAGCAUUUGCCUGACCUUGGCAGACGGCAGCGAGACACAGACAUGGAGCAACUAGGGACUUGGGAGGGGGACUGAUCCUAUGAAAAGUAGAGUGUCCUCAGUGAGAGCGGGAAUCUACAGUGCUGUGGAUUGCAGCUCCAAACCAUCAGAUACAGAGUCACUCUACUUACAACACACAGGCUCUGAAGGAAGGGGAGGCAGAGCAAAUAUUUCUUUUGAACAGGAGUUUCUACCUUUCCCUCACAGACUCCACCGGACCAUCUGCGCAAAUGAAGAUGGACUGCGACCAUGGCAAGUAAUCCAAACCCCAGGGUGUCAAAGUGAGCAAAUCAGUUUCCACCAUUUGCUCUUCCUCGAGUAAUGCCAACUGCCACGAAAGCCACCCCAUCCAAGGCCCUGCGAGACGAGCUCAGGGUAGGAACCACAGUGAAAAACUGGCCCCAUCCCCAGAUAUCAUGUCAGCUGCUUCUAGAAAGAGUCAAAUGUCAGACUUCUAUAAUGGCAAUGUGGCCCGGGGGUGCCCCUCUGAUGCUUCAGAGGAGCUCCACCAAAGGGUUGCCAAGGAGAGCCGGCAGAAUGGGGAGACCACUCCGAAGGAAACCAUGGCAACAAAGAGAAUAGCCAAUGCCCCCAAGGAUUCCCCCAUCAAGCGUACUUUCCUGUUUGGGGCAAACAAAAUUGACAAUGGCAGCAAGGUGACCCUGAAGAAAUCUACCAUCCAUAAGCCGCCUGAGAAGGGUUGUUCUCCGCUAGCUGUUUACAGAGAAGGGAUGGCUGGCCUGAGAGGAGAGAGGCAGGCAUGGUCCAGCGUGACCCAGAGAAAGAAAAGGCGAGACCUUUUCCCAGACUCAAAGGUUUUCAGCCACAUAGAUGCUCAUGUUCUGCGUGUGAGCGAGCAGAUAAAAUCAAAGCCAGCUUUGCCAUCAGUCCAGACCAUUGUUCAGCUGAUUACUGACGAGGCCCGAAGCAAGCUGGAGACAGUGCGAGCAAUAUGGCUGUGGCUGUGUCACAAUAUCCGCUAUGAUGUGGAUGGCUUCUUAGGGUUAUCUCAGAAGAUCCAUACCCCAGAACAGGUCCUGCAGACUGGAAGAGGCGUGUGCUCCGGUUAUGCCCAUUUAUGCCAAGAAAUGUGCAGGGAGGCAGGUUUGAGCUGCGUUGAAGUGUCGGGCUAUGGAAGAGGUACUGGAUACCAACAAGGGCAAAAACGCCAACAAAAGAAAUCCAACCACAUGUGGAACGCAGUUCAGCUGGAUGGGCAGUGGUACCUGCUGGAUGCAUGCUGGGGAGCAGGCACUGUGGAUGUGGAGAAGAGAUUGUUUAUACCCAGAUAUGAUGACUUCUUCUUUCUACCUGACCCUGAGGAUUUCAUUGAGACCCACUGGCCUGAUGAGCCAGAAUGGCAGCUUGUGCAGCCGCAUGUCUCGCUGGAAGACUUUGAACAGAGAGUUUUUAAAACGUCAGAGUUUUUCAAACUGCAGCUGUCCCUUCUCUCUCCAAACCGCUCCCUUCUCAAAACAGAACACGGGGAAACAACGGUGUCUCUGAGGAGUACACAUCCAGCAGAAUUUAGCUACCAUCUCUCCAAGCUCUGUGGCGACGUUAGCCAAGAAGUGUUAGGCACGACUCACGGGAUGCUGACGGUGUCUGAGAAGAGCAUGACUCUCAAAGUUUUCCCCCCUACUGAGGGCUUGUUUGAGCUGAUGGUCUUUGCACGCCCAUUUGACGCUCAGAACCCCUAUAGCUGGGUGUGUUCCUAUCAGAUCAAGUGCCUGCAGUCCCAUAAGAAAGAACUGCCUGAAAACCCUUUUCAUUUCUGGGGCCUCCAUCCGAAGGGGAAAGACUUUGGGAUCGAGGAGUGCAACUGCGGAGAGGACCUGAUUGUUGUUGAAACAGGAACUUUGCUAUUGACGCUACAGACAUCUAGACCCUUGCUGGCCACAUACCAGCUGGUGAAUAAAGAUCUAGACACCUCCCUGAGCACAAAGUGCCUGGCCUCUCAAGCAGAGGAGGAGAAGCUGAGUUGCCACGUGCUGUGUCCUUUUCUAGGUUACUACAGGCUCUCGGUGUUUGUGAAAGAUUUAGGAGGUGACCUGUUCAAAAACGCAGCCAACUUCCUCAUUCGUUGCUCUGGUCCCAUCAACCAGAACGAGCUCUUCCCCUCUGGCCUCAGCAUGCACUGUGGGACAGGGAUCAGCACCAGCUGUAGGGGCUUUUCUAACCCCAGCCACCCUGCCCCCAUCAUCAACACCAACCAGGGUAAGUGCAACAUCACGUUCCACACCCAGGCGGACACCGAAGUGGCCGCCAUCCUGAGUAAGGACAACGUCACCAACAUCAAGUACCCCAUGGAGAGAUAUGUCCUGCUCACCCAUCUGGGAAACAAAGUCAGCAUCUGUAUCCUGCUUCCUGAAUCAGGCCUCUACAAAGUAGGGAUCUUCAGCAGGAACCAGGACCACAAGGACUUUGCUCACGUCUGCGACUACGUUGUCCGCUGCUUUUCUGAGCCACGGUGGCUUCCGUUCCCCCGAGUGUACAGCACAUGGAGGAGAGGCUGCAUCCUGCUACAGCCCAGGACAGGAGUGCUCCAGGAACGAAGCUGGAUCAGGUUCAGAGUCAAGCUGCCAAAAGCCUACAGAGCUCUCGUGAUCGGGCAAUCCAGGACUGAACUGCAGCCAACUCGCAGCAAGAUCUGGGAGGGGGAGGUGUACACCGGGCUCGCCGGGACUAUGCUCAAGCUGGCAGUGAAGUUCAAUCAGCAUUCCACCAGCAUGGAUGUCAUCCUGUUGUUCAACGUGGAAGGCAGCUCCCCCAGUUCAGAGGGGUCUUCAGGGUAAAUGAUCCAGAGAUACAGGGAAGCUGGAAAUGAUCAGGAGAGUGAUGGAAGCAAGCAAGCAGCUCUCAAAAUUGAGGGGCUCUGAUAAGAGAUACAGAAAUAAGUCCAAAAUACCUGCACAUCAGGUGGAUUUGCAGAAUUGUACAUUGCACAUCACUUCCUACAAGAUAUCCUUAGAUGCUUAGAGAUGAUGCAGCAAUUUAAUUAGAACCAGAACACUGAAGACUCCUAAUAGUCUACAUGUGUCGGGGGAAACCUUUGUUCAAUGCCUCUCCAGGAAGAUUGUUUUACUGCUUAUUACCAGAUUGAAUAAUUGUUCAGCAUAUUUUAUUUGACAUUUCUUCAAAAUCUUGGGAAUUAACAGGGUUUUCUUCCUCUUAAGAGCAAAACAAAAACAAACAACAAACUACAACAAAACCUGGACCCAAAAGCAUCAGGUGGUAGCAAUAUUUUUAAACAUAAAUAUGUAUAAAGGAAGUUAAUCAUUUCCUGAUGAGGUCUAUACUAUCAAGGGAGAAUGUGUGUCAUUUUUUAACUGCUGCUUUAAAAUUUCUUCCAGGAUCUGAAGAAUAGAGUCUACCAGUCCUUCAGUAGCCAGCAUGACGUGUAAGUGUUCUGUACAUGUGUGUGUGCUGAGGAUCUGGAAUGAGAGCUGGGAGGCAGUACAGCAAUCAGGAAAGCAGUUCCUUGGCCUAGAUACAUCAUAUAAAUAAACAAACAGCCUGGUCAGAGAAGCAAUUAUAAUCUGACACAUGCUAACGGACACCCUCGUAGCAGAGCUAAGAACACUGCACCGGCAGCUUGCUACAUAUAACAGAAUGGAUUCUACUAGUCUCAUAUUCUUCCAGAACACGUGUAUCCUUUAUAAGCACAUGGACACAGAGUAAUUACAU